AACUUACAGAGAAGCCUUUCACGACUCGUGUUCGAAGCUAUAUAAUAUUUUCUUCUGAAAAGGGCGCUGUCCCGGGACAAUUGCACUGACCAACUUUUUUGGUCGUUAAUAAAACUUACUUGGUUGUGGAAAAUAGAAUUUUCUAUAGCGUUUAAGUUUGUUAAAUUCUUCAAAUAAUCAAAGUGUCGUGAAAGAAAUAAUGGCUGCGAAGUGGGUGUUGUUUUAUUGUCUCGGCUUGUUAUAUGUGAAUACAGUUUGGGCUAUCCAGUGUUAUAGAUGUGAAUCUAAUAUUGACAUGCAUUGUGCAGAAGAAUUCACAAAAUACUACUCUCUGCUAGAACCAGAGUCUUGUGACGACAUUUUUGAAGCUACCUUUUGUAUAAAGACCACAGGCAUGUAUGAAGGUGAAAUAGGAACCAAGCGUUUUUGCUCGUCUCGUGACCAUGGCAACUACUGUGAGUAUAUUCGUCGCCCAGGUGAUGAUCGUGAAUAUCGUUCGUGCGUUUACACGUGUACGGGAGAUGGUUGUAACAGCGCUCCCUCGUGGAUGACAUGGAGUUUCAAACAAAUGUUAUUACUCUUGUUUACGAUUUUCUCACACUUACUCUUACCUUGAAAUGAAGGAGACUUGUUUGAAAACUGGAUCUUGAGUUGAUGUUCUGGCCUCUUUUUGGGGCGUUUGUAAAGUUAUCAAGCUUGAAUUUUCCAGAAUGGGGCCCCCAAUAUAGAAGCUGGAGUCGUAUGCAAAGAAGUGUGCAUAGAAAAUAAAUAUUUAAUUUUUCUUUUACAUUUCCCUCGCCUGAAUCCAACUUUAGGUGUACGUUUUAGGCAUUUUAAAUAUGUUUGGAAAUCAUGUAAUAUGGCAUUUCACGAAUUGUCUUAUUUUAUAUAAUUUUUUUUUUAUUUGUAAGAUUUUUUUUAGUUAACGUUAGACUAUCGUAAGUUAUUAAAAUCACACAUAUCAUUGAUAUAAAUUCAAAUAUAUUUUUUAUUCGGUGGCCAUUUUAAUCUGCGAAUUGAAAGGGGGUAGAACGUGAACCUAGAAAAAGAGUGAAAAGAUGUGAACACUUUUCUUUUAUUCACAACGUCUCGUCGACGAUGUUGUUCACCUCAUUUAAAUACAUAUAAAGAUAAAUUAAUAAUAAUAAGGAACCAUUCGUAAAUAAAUUAUACCGAAUCUCAUUGUCUUCAGAGAAAUCUCCUUUUUUAAAGUUUUUAGUCCACAUUUUAGUUUUAUCAUAGAAUAUAAAAAAGGAUUUUGUAAUAACUAAGCCGUAUCGUUAAGAAAUUCUCCAUUUUGUUGCUUUUUACGUACAUAAUGGACUACAUAUGAUAUAUCUGACUAAUUGUUAUAUAGCUUUGAAAAACAUCUUCAAGAAGUCUGAGCAAUAUUUAUAGGUUGAAUUUUAAUAUGAUAUAUCUGACUAAUUGUUAUAUAGCUUUGAAAAACAUCUUAAGAAGUCUGAGCAAUAUUUCUAGAUUGAAUUUUAAUAUAAUAUAUCUGACUAAUUGUUAUACAGCUUUGAAAAACAUUUUCAAGAAGUUUGAGCAAUAUUUCCAGGUUGAAUUUUAACAUGAAACAUAACUAAAGAGUAGGAUACUUAUUUUCAAUGUUUCGUAAACUAAACCAAUAAUUUACGAUUUAACAGAAUCAUAAGCUUCUACUUCUACGUUUAGUUUCCAAAACUUUUUCCAAUGAAGCUUUCUAAUCUCUCUCUAUGUAUGUAUACUAUAUUUUAAUGCCUGUUAUAAUAUACUGGUAUUUGUUUCCAGUUUUAAUUUCAGUUUACUUGUGUUUUACACACUUGUAUGAUCAUCAAAUAUUGUUGUGUACGAAAAUAUAAGGUUGAUGUUCUUUGAACAAUGUCAUCCUUAUUGGAAAAUCACACUUAUGGUAUUCCAUGUAAAAAAUCAUAUAUUGUAAUAAUAAAUUCCAUUUGUUUUA